AUGAUGGUGCACUGUGCCGGCUGUGAGCGGCCCAUCCUCGACCGCUUUCUGCUGAACGUGCUGGACCGCGCGUGGCAUAUCAAAUGUGUUCAAUGCUGCGAGUGCAAAACCAACCUCUCGGAGAAGUGCUUCUCCCGGGAGGGCAAGCUGUACUGUAAAAACGACUUCUUCAGGCGCUUUGGCACCAAGUGCGCCGGCUGUGCACAAGGCAUCUCUCCCAGCGACCUGGUGCGCAAGGCCCGGAGCAAAGUCUUCCACCUCAACUGCUUCACCUGCAUGGUGUGCAACAAGCAGCUGUCCACCGGGGAGGAGCUCUACGUGAUCGACGAAAACAAGUUUGUGUGCAAGGAUGACUACCUUAGCUCCUCCAGCCUCAAGGAGGGAAGCCUCAACUCAGUGUCAUCCUGUACGGACCGCAGUUUGUCCCCGGACCUCCAGGACCCGUUGCAGGAUGACCCCAAAGAGACCGACAACUCGACCUCAUCGGACAAGGAGACCGCUAACAACGAGAACGAGGAACAGAACUCCGGCACGAAGCGGCGAGGCCCGCGCACCACCAUCAAAGCCAAGCAGCUGGAGACGCUCAAGGCGGCUUUCGCAGCCACGCCCAAGCCCACGCGCCACAUCCGCGAACAGCUGGCACAGGAAACCGGCCUCAACAUGAGGGUCAUUCAGGUGUGGUUUCAGAACCGAAGGUCCAAAGAACGCCGCAUGAAACAGCUGAGCGCUCUGGGCGCCCGGAGACACGCCUUCUUCCGGAGUCCGCGGCGCAUGCGUCCCCUGGGAGGCCGCUUGGACGAGUCUGAGAUGUUGGGGUCCACCCCGUACACUUACUACGGAGACUACCAAAGCGACUACUAUGCCCCGGGUGGCAACUACGACUUCUUCGCGCACGGCCCUCCAUCGCAGGCUCAGUCCCCGGCCGACUCAAGCUUCCUGGCAGCGUCGGGACCCGGCUCGACGCCACUGGGCGCGCUGGAACCACCGCUGGCCGGGCCGCACGGCGCGGACAACCCCAGGUUCACCGACAUGAUCUCGCACCCGGACACGCCUAGCCCCGAGCCCGGCCUGCCCGGCGCGCUGCACCCCAUGCAGGGAGAGGUGUUCAGCGGCGGGCCCAGCCCGCCCUUCCCCAUGAGCGGCACUAGCGGCUACAGCGGACCCCUGUCGCACCCCAACCCCGAGCUCAACGAGGCGGCCGUAUGGUAAGGCCAAAGGGCCGGGCUGCCCCCUGCCAUCGAGCCCUGAACGCUUCCUGGGUCACCCUCAAGAGUCCUCUCUUGGGUUCGCACCCACUGGGCAACUCUCGCAUCUCCACCCCUCAGAGCUUCGGCGCGAGCCUGCGCAAUUUCUUGGGACCAAAGUCAAUAUUCUGGAGGGUCGAGAUUUCAAGCACACCCUAGAUGCUCCCGGGACCCCCCCGCCCACCAUCACCUCUUUAAAUUAAGAGGGGAUUGAGACCAAGGAGCGGAGACCGUGGCGCUACCCCUCCCUGCGAGCCGAGGCCAUUGUGAAAUCUUAUUUCUCACUCUUUCUCUUAAAAAAAAAAAAGAUAAGAAAGAGAGAGGUUGAAAGGGAGAGAGAGAUGAGGAAAGCCUCAGCCAGAGAAGAAAAAUAGACGACCGUUGGUGAAUGGUGGCUUUGCUGGAAGACAAAUCCACCUGCGAGUUGGCGCCCCCUGGUGGCCAAUCCUGAGGCUCAAGGUCAGCUUGUUAAGGAAGCUGCAUGGUCAAGACCAGGCCAGCCUGGGCCCCAACUCCCUGCUCUUCCAUACCUUGAGCCUGAGGGGCUGGGCAGGAUUCGAACCCUCCCACUCCUACUCUGCCCCCGAGGCAGGCGCCAAGUCGCUGGGCCUUUGCCCAAGGAUCACUCUCCCUGCCCGGGGCCUGGAGGCUGGGCCAUCAGGACAAAACAGUACUAUACUUUUUUGGAAGUCGGACGCUUCUAGUUUCCUUAUUUUGUAUAAAGAAGAAACAAAUAAAGUAUGUUUUUGUGUUUACUGUU